GGAGAUGGUGGAGCGGAGGGGCCCGGGGAGGCCCCGCACCGACGGGGAGAACGUAUUUACUGGGCAAUCAAAGAUCUAUUCCUACAUGAGUCCGAACAAAUGCUCUGGAGUGCGUUCCCCGCUUCAGGAAGAGAACUCAGUUGCACAUCACGAUGUCAAAUGCCAGGGGAAACCAUUAGCUGGAAUCUACAGGCGACGAGAAGAGAAAAGAAAUCCUGGAAAUGCAAUACGGAAUACCAUGAAGUCUGAAGAACAGAAGAUCAAAGAGGUCAGGAGAGGUCCCCUGGCACCUUUUCCAAACCAAAAGUCUGAAGCAGCAGAGCCUCCAAAAACUCCAACCUCGUCUUGUGAGUCUACCAAUGCAGCAGUUGCCAAGCAAGCUCUGAAAAAGUCCAUCAAGGGCAAACCGACCCCUCGGAAAAAAACUCAAGGAAAAACACAACAGAAUCGCAAACUCACAGAUUUCUACCCUGUCCGAAGGAGCUCCAGGAAGAGCAAAGCUGAGCUGCAGUCAGAAGAAAGGAAAAGAAUAGAUGAAUUGAUUGAAAGUGGGAAAGAAGAAGGCAUGAAGAUUGACCUCAUUGAUGGCAAAGGCAGGGGUGUGAUAGCCACCAAGCAGUUCUCCCGGGGCGACUUUGUGGUGGAAUACCACGGGGACCUCAUCGAGAUCACUGAUGCCAAGAAGCGGGAGGCUCUGUAUGCGCAAGACCCCUCCACAGGCUGUUACAUGUACUAUUUCCAGUAUCUGAGCAAAACCUACUGUGUGGAUGCAACUAGAGAGACAAACCGCCUGGGAAGGCUGAUUAAUCACAGCAAAUGUGGGAAUUGCCAAACCAAACUGCAUGACAUCGACGGCGUACCUCACCUCAUCCUCAUUGCCUCCCGAGACAUCGAGGCUGGGGAGGAGCUCUUGUAUGACUAUGGCGACCGCAGCAAGGCUUCCAUCGAAGCCUACCCGUGGCUGAAGCAUUAGCUGGCUGGCCCGUCGCCCUCCUUGCCUCACCCCUUCUUCUUCAAAGGACAAAGUGCCCUCAAAGGGAAUUGAUUUUUUUUUUACACACUUAAUCUUAGCAGAUGACUUCAGAUGUUUUUAAAAAGUAUAUUAAGAUGCCUUUUCACUGUAGUAUUUAAAUAUCUGUUACAGGUUUCCAAGGUGGACUUGAACAGAUGGCCUUAUAUUACCAAAACUUUUAUAUUCUAGUUGUUUUUGUACUUUUUUUGCAUACAAGUCGAACGUUUGUGCUUCCCGUGCGUGCAGUCAAAGACUCAGCACAGGUUUUAGAGGAAAGAGUCAAACAUGAACUAGGAAGCUGGGCAAGUCUCCUGCCUCCAGUGGAAGAGCUGGGACUUUGUCCCCACACUCCCAACGUCUAGGGACGGGGUGGGUGUGAGGAAGACGCUGCCUCCCGAAGCCUGGACGAGAUGUUUUCAAGCUCUUGUUCUCCUGAUAUCUCGUCAGGCACACAUUGAAGUGUAUGAAUAUUUUUUAAAAAGGUUUCACAGUAAGCUAGUCUUCCCCUCUGCUUUCUUGAAAGCUUACUGACCCCAUGGCCUGGGAGCACGGGCCAGGCAUAGAUUUACUCUUCCAGAGGCUGCCGCUUUUCUGGGCACCUUGAAGCAUCAGGGCAGGAAAUCAAACCAGAUGUGGGCAGGGAAAGCAUUGCUUACCUACCUUGCCAGGGCAGGGUUUCCUGAAACUGGGUUAAUUCUUUAUAGAAAUGUGAACACUGAAUUUAUUUUAAAAAAAUAAUAAUAAAAAAAUCAAAAAGAAACCAAAAAAAUUUAAAAAAGAAAAAAAAAACCACAGAAAACAA